AUGAAAUGGUCUACUACUCCCUUUGAAGACCUAUACAACUCAAUCCAAGGGGAUGAGUUUGACUUUGUUUUAUUUAAGGAAUUGUUGCCAGAUUUGAAUGAAUUAAAUCUUGCUGAAAGGUUCCCCAAGAGUAAUGGGAGUAGAAAGCAACUAGAAUCGGGGGAAAUCACGUUAACAGAUGGCGAUACUUAUAAUCUGAAUCAAGAAUUUAUUAUUUCCGCGAUUCAGUUAUCUGAUGAGCUAAAUCUGGAUGAAUUGGUGACUGCCGAACUGUUAUUACUAGGUCAAGGUUCUGAAUCUGAUGAACUAGAUCAGGAUUUAUCCUUGGUCAACCAAGGAAAAGUGCGGUUCUUUGUGAGGAAGCAAUAUAUCUUACAAGUUGUUUCUUAUGUGGUGAAUGCUCACGGAGCUGGUAGCCAGACAUACGAAGCAUUGGUAGAUAAUGGUAACCUAAUUAGCAAUAUUUUGAAAGGUUUCCGGUGUAUUCAUCAACAGCUGGAUGAAAUUAAACAGUCUGUUAACAAAUCGCAAAUACUAGACAAUUAUGACGCUUUGUCUCAACAAAAUGUGAACUUUAAGCGAGACUUUUUGUUAAAGGAAUAUGAUAUUCUCGCUCAAAUAUUGUACGGUGUGGUUAACAGCGGUUCAUUGUUUAACAACGAGGGCAUAAAUUCUAUCAUAGAUCAUGUUUCAACGAUGGAUUCAGAUGAUUUCUUCAUCGUGUAUUACAUACCUGCGCUGUUUUUGGCGUUUUCGAAGCUGUCCAAAUUUCCAGAAGCGGAUGUGAAAUCACUACACUAUGCGUUUGUGAAAGAACUAAAUAACGAGACUAUUUACACGAAGCCCGUUAAGGUGGCGCUGAUAUUCGUGUUUUUGACAUAUUUUAUUGGUUGGUGUAAGGCUGCUCCCACUACCAGGGCCAAGAUGUUUGAUUUUGAAACCACAGUUGAUAAGCCAAUGACAAUUGCUGUUGAGCAAGGAGCUCUUGAACAAUUAAUGGUUUUUUCAGCGGAAACUUCUGUCAUAGAAAAAGAUAAAAGAAUGGAACUGUUUUAUGAUAUUAGGUCGUUAUUGGAAAGGCACAUUCCAAGGUUACUUCCAAAGCAACUUUUGGAUACAGAGCAUCGCUCGGCGGUAGUUCUGAAAUCUGUAAGCAAUCAAACAUCUAAGUUUAAUAGCAUUAUGUUAUCUGAACAGUUAGAGAUACAACUGCUUCAUGUAUUCAACGACUUUAUUCAAUCUUCAAUAUCAGAUUGUGCAUUCCUAUUAACUAAAAUAAAAAAUGCUGAAGAAGAUUCCCUAUUAUCCGGUGAAGACUUAUAUCUAGAUGAUAUUUCUGCAAAGGCUGACUUGGAACGCUACUUCCUUAUAAUUUAUUACUUUUAUUUUUGUCGACCAGAACUGGCACAGUCCUUCUGGCAAGAUAAUGAGUCAACCUUAUAUGGUUUCAUUGAAUGGGCCGCAAAAUGUAAUGAUAACCUAAUGAAGUCCUGCUUCUAUUUAAUGAUUUCCAGUUUGUCUUAUGGUGAAGAGAAUGCCAAUAAUGUAUAUCAUUAUAUCAAUGGUAAUCAGUCCUUAUCUUGGGGAGUUAUUGCUCAAACUAUAAGCGAAUAUAUCAUCAAAAUAUCGACUGUGGAAAAAAAGCUUGUGGAGAUGCAACCACAAUCGGAAGAAGAAAAGACCAGUUUCAACAAUAUAGCUUUGCAAGAAGGUCUUAAUGAAGAAGUUGUAAUCUUAUUAUCGUCAUUUUUGGCACUUAUUGGUUCGGUGGCACAAGAUGUCAAUACUGAGGCGCAAUUGUGCUUGUCAGAGACCUUUCAAGAUAUCCUCUUUGAAUUCUUGAAAGUGAAUACUCCAUUGGUAGGUGCUACAAUGGAAGUCAUUGGUAUGAUAGUUCCACGUUUAGAAUCAAAGAGAGAAAAGUUUUGGAAUAAGUUGGACGAUUGGAUCUUUAAAAAUUCACCUUUGAAUGCUACGGAUGACUCGUACCAUAUGGCCUUCCGCGCAGUAUUAUCAAAUUUUGCGGAUGUUGCUGGUUUUCUGGAGUUGUUUUUAAAAAUGAUAUCGGUGGAAACUAAAAAUGAUAAAGGAUACAUGAUAUUUGGAAAGUUACCUUAUCCAGUUAAGCUUGGUGCAGGUUAUAGAAAAACGGGUAUUUGGCCUUAUUUGGACUAUAUCUUUAACGAGGUAUUUGCACACGUCCAUCAUAUUUCCAACCCUCAAGAAAGAGCCGCCAUUAUAAAGCCAAUUUUUAGCAUAAUUCAGUGUUGUUUGUAUUCAUUUGAUUACGGCGUAAUUUUGAAUUCUGUAAGGGCAGGUGUUAGUCUGGAUUCUUUGGUCCAGUUUGGAGAUUUUUUUACCUAUGCAGAAGAGUCUUCUGUCACUGCUGUGUUCAAUUACCUUUUUGAGGAAAAGUACUUCAAAAUACUAUUUAAGAUUGCUUCAGUUGGCGUUGACGAGCUUUCCGGUGACUUGGAUAGUACUGAAAACCAGAUACACCUUGUCCGAUCCGCUAUUCACAUUAUCAACCAAAUAUUGAAGCACGAGAAUACAUAUCUUGAGGAAUUAUGCCCAAUCAUUAAAAAACGUCAUAGAGAGACCCAUUUCAUUCCUAAAAAUUUUGGCUUACAUGGUCUGCGCUCCUACUAUGAUGCUAUACUCUUCAACUUGCCUCUGGUAGCGCACUGUGCACUAUAUGUUGGGUUAAGUGAUUAUCAAUUGGCAUUUGAGUCAAUAGAGCUUCUGAAAAAAAUUUCUCAAAAAUUACCUUGUGGUGAUACGCGGACAAAUAAACUGCUAACCAUUUUUGAAUCUGUUAAUGAAUCUGCAAGAAUUAAGGAAGCUUUUAUUAGUCAAUUAGAAUCUUCUAUCGACUCAGAGGAAUCAUUGAUGUUGAAACUUGCAAUUUUAGAUUUCAUUAAUAUGAAUUUGUCAUAUACAACUACCGUUCCAACAGUGGCUCAUUUCUUGUUAGGAUUCCAGGUUACCAAUAUUCUUUCACUAGGUUCAAACCUAAGUACUUUCAUAAAUUCUCCGACAUCCCUAUUAAACUCCUUGGUUGGUAUACUGCAUUCGUCAUUGGUAGCCAUUGAUCAUCAUGAUGUUGAAUACGCUCCAAUUAAAUUAGCUUCUGUUUUAAUGGAGAUCAUUGUUAAGUUGUGUCGUAAUACCCUUACCUCCCGUUUGGUGUUGGAUUUCCUAUCGUCUAAAUCGUUAUUUGAGAAAAUCAUUCAAUUGGAUCCAAGUGUUGACAAGACUUCUCUAUGGUCUGGACAAACAUUUAAUGGUAAUUUCAAUGGAACUUCUGAUCAAAUUAUUAGUAGUCCAGCCAUCGGUGCUCUGCUAUCUUUCUUAAGAUACAGAAGUUAUGUUUUACAAUAUUUGAGUCUGGACAUUCACCGUUUAUCUACUGACGCUCAGGAGUCCAAGAUUUCGACCUCUGUUGAAGCACUCAUAUCUAGUGCAAUUCACGCUCCUACCAUUUUUAGAUUUUUGGAUAUUUUGAGUUAUAGUCCAUUUCCUUCAACCAAUGAAUCGUUAAAAGGUCUGAAUAUAUUUGGCGGCUUAGAUCUGAAUAUUGAUAAAAUUAAACCUUCAAAUAAAUUUACAGGAGAUAUAUAUGAUUUUGAUGAUCUGGAUUCAUUAUUAGAAUUAGUUGUUAGGUUGCAAAUGGUCCCUAUUAACCAUGAAGCCAUUGAUCCAACUAGUUCACUCGCUGUGAUCGCAAAAUCUGAGGCAAAUACCAUCAAGAAGUUCAUUACGACAUAUUUGUCUCAUGCAUCUUUCUCUUCUAUUCAGCUCUCAGUAUUACAUUCAUGGGUUCAACUGGUUCAAAUUCUUGUUAUAGAUGGUUCAAUGACACCAGUUCAGCGGUCAAAUUUCAUCUUAGAAAUAUUUGAAGCUAUCAUUCCGAAAAUUAAUGAUUAUGUUGAAUUCGAUGUUUCGUAUUCAGAAGAGUUGGUAUCAUUAUCUGUAUUCCUUUAUGACCUGUACCAGAAAGACCGUAUGGAAAUUGAUCAAGAAAAGACGAUAGAUGGGAGACUCCAUGGACUGUUCAAAACAUGUGUACAAGGCAUUACAUCUCCAUUAUCUACAUUAUCUUUGAGAUCUGACUUUUAUGUUCUUGCUAAUAAAUAUCUUUUGAGGAUCAUUAAAGAAGAACAUUUGGCAAAAGAGGUAUUGCAAUCUCUAAAAAUGGCUAAUGAAAGGCUGGUGGAAGUUAUCUGUAAUGAUGCUAUAGCUGGUGAGGGUUCAAAUCGAAUUACAGGAAUAUUACUACUGGAUGCUUUGGCCCAAUUAGCAUGCUUGAAUAAGGUGAACUUUAUACUAGACGCAUUACUAAAGAGUAAUAUGUUACUACUCAUUAUCCGUUCUAUCAAGACCACUGAUGAAUUACUAAGUUUAAGUUCUCAUAACAUAACGUUGGAUAAUUUACUUUAUGAGCUUACCGCUUUCAAGUCCACAGUAUAUUUUUUGAUUCGUUUAGCUAAAACAAGGAAUGGUUCACAAGCAUUAGUUCAAAAUGAAAUUUUUCAAACUAUUGAGUCAUGUUCGUUCUUGCAAAUUGAUCCUGACUUGGGCCUGGAGUUAGUUUUUGACGAAGUUUCAGUUCGAAAUUCUAAUUUUGUGCGAGUCAAUUUAAAUCUUGAUAAUCCAUUGACUUUAGGUUCACAAGCUAAUGGGGUUUCGUUAUUUGAGGUGGUAGUGCCCAUUUUUCAACUUAUUGCAUCCAUCUUACUCAGUAUGGGAAGUGCUAACAAACCAGUCAUGAAGAAUGUGAAAAAGCUGCUGAUACAGUACAGAAAAUUGGUCCAAGGGGUAUUGAAGAGAGACGCUUUGGUGGAGAGCAAUGAAGCCUAUUUUGUCGAGGGCUCUACUCUAGAAGGUCUUCAACAACAGGUUAAGCUGGUAGUACUACUAUGCACUUUGACUGGAUAUUUUGGUGAAGAGAAGGCAUAA